AUGCACGGUCGUCCUCGUGUCUAUGUCCGGUUUCGCCCCGACGCAAGGCUCCCAGCGUUGAAAGGGCCUGGUGUCGCGGUCGAAACCGGGGCGACCAAAGGCAUCGCGCUGGAGUCCGAGAACACCAUCAAAUUUCCUUGGAAGUCACAGCACAAGGAGAAGGAUAUUAAGGUGCAGGUGGAUCAUGCUUUCCCGGAGGAUUCUACACAAGAUGCCGUUUACUCCAGGGUCGGCCCGGAAAUGCUCGACUUUGUUCUGCGAGGCUUCCGGGGGCUUAUUUGCACCUAUGGCAUCACAGGGUCCGGGAAGACACAUACUAUGCUCGGGAAGGACGGGAAGGACGGUGACGGCUUGGCCCAGCGUGUCAUUGAGGAGCUGUUCCUUCGGAGUUUGCCUGACCUCACCGUGCGCAUGCAGGCGAUUCAGCUGCACAGGAAUGACUUCAGUGAUCUCGGCGUUCCCGAGACACCGCUUUUGAAGGUGCAAAGCGCGAACGAGACCGGAGCAAAGGAGCACGAGUUCACGAGCGCCGAGCCAGCUCUCCAGUGGCUCAAGGAAGUGCUCUUGCGCCGCAAGGGGGCCAAAACUACCAAAUCAUCCCGAGCUCAUUUCUUGCUCCGCCUGAAGAUCCAGUUCUCAUCAGGCGGUGCGAGUAACAGCGCUGUGCUGGAUCUUGCUGAUCUUGCCGGCUGUGAGAAGUUGGAUGAAAAUCUGGACAAGGAUGCGAAGAGAGACCACAUCACCAUCCAGGCAGGCUUGAGCAAUCUGCGGCACUGCAUCGAAGCCAAGGUGAAAAACAAGUCAGUGCCUUUCACCUACUUCAGCUUGCCCCGAUUGCUGGCUCCAGAUUUCAACGGAGAUGCUUCGAUCUCUUUUGUGAUCAACUGCCCCAGCUGCGACGACACGGAGCGCGUGGCUGAGACCUCGGAGACCUUGGACUUGGCGCGGUUCAUUCUUCGGCUGGAGCUCGCGUGCAAGGCCCAGAAGGCCACCGUGCAGCUGACGCCUGAGGACUUGUUGAAGGCGGCGGAGCACCGACGCGUCCUGCCGGCCGCCCCGGCCGAGCCGGCCGAGCCGUUCGAGUCCUCGGCCGAGAACCAGAAAGAGAUCAGAAAGCUGAGGAAGAAGCUGGAGAAGAAGAGCCAAGAAGUGGACGAGCUGAUGGAGCAGCUGGAAAGGCAGCAGCUGGCCCCACGAAUGAAGCAGCUGGACCUGCAAAACGCAUCACGAGAUGAAGUGAGGCAGCUGCUGAAGGAAGUCGAGAAGCAGUACCCCGAAAUCCUGCAGCAGACAUGGCCUCAAUGGGCAGAGCAACUCGAGAAAGGUGCUGACAUUAAGACGCAGUUCUCGGAUUUGCAAAAGGCAGUCGGUCAGCAUGAGCAACACCUCCAGUCACUGCAGUGGCUGCUGCAGCGGAAGGAGGAGUUGCAGAACGAGUCACCAGAAGCGCCGGAGCUGCAGCAGCUUCGCCAGCAGCAGCUGGCGGAGUUGGACGCGCUGCUUGUGGCCGGGGCUUCGCCAGAGCACCGGGAGAAGCUGGGCAGCGAAGCAGCCCAGCAGCGGGAGCUCCAGCACAAGCUGGCCAAGAAGAGGGAGGAGCUGGCGCUGCUUGAAACGAGCUUGCACUUGGCCGGGGCCAAAGAUGAUGAGCCUGUGAAAGCGGACUUACGAGAGGAUCUGGCAGCCUUUGGCAGCGACGAGUUGCAGCAGGCAGUGGAGAAGCUGCCCGGGUCCACUUCCAUCUUGCAGCAUUUGUUGAUGGCCCACCCGAGUUGGAAGCAGCGGUUUUAUCAAAUUGGUGGUUUGGAGAAGAUCUUGGAGAAGAUGGAAAGGACCAAGAAGGUGUUCUAUCACCAGCGCCUGGCCCAGUGCCUCUGCCGCACCCUGGACAUGGACAGGGUCAGCGCCCGGCCAGAUCCUGACAAAAAUAUCGCACGGCUAGUUCAACAAGUACUGGACAUCACCAACGGGGCGCGGUUCCCCUUGGACUCCAACAGCGAUGAAGCUCGAAUUCUGGAAUACAUGGAGCUGAUGGAGGCUAUCGCUCAGGACAAAGUGGCGCGACGUCUCCUGGUUCAAGGAGGGGCUGUGGCCGUGGCCUUGCAGUUCACACAGCACCGCGCACAAGCCGUGGCAGCUGCAGCGCUGAACGCUUUGGGCCAGGUGGCCAGUGAUUCCGAGUCGGAGAUCCACAUCCCGGCGGAGGCCUUGCGCUUUGCGCUGAGCAUUCUGCAGAGCGGCCAGUCCGCGCGGAUGAAGAAGGCGGCCGCCCAAUGCCUGCAGCGCCUGUGUUACGGGUCCACACCCUCUGCGCAAGAGCUGCGCCGCAGUUUAGAAGCCUUGAGAGCCGUGCCAGAGCUCCUCGAGGCAGCCAGGCACUUCCAAUCAGCUGAGCGGCAGGUGGGCAGGAAUGAUGGAGCAGAAGUGGCUCGGCAUGUGAAGAAUGCAGCCUUGUUGAUGUUGAAUGACCGAGAUAAGAUCACACCAGAUCCAAGCCACCGGCGUAUCGUUCUGGAGGCCAUGGCGGAUGCCACUGCCAAGUCCUUUGCAAAGGAAGUGGCCUUCAACAACGUUGCGGCGGGCAUUCAGUGCUUUGGACAUGUCAAGUUGGGUGCCUGGACUGCUCGUCCUAUCACUGCUGGCGGGCCGUUACAAUGCUCCACUUCAUGGAUGAACCCCAUGUACGCACUGCGCUUUCAAACGGCUCAAAAAAAGGUGGCACUGGCGGUGUCAGUUGUUGAUCCUGAUGCAGAAGCCAGGCGGGAGCAAGGGGCAAGCCAACAACAGCGCAGCCUCUACCAUGUUUCCAGGAUUGUGACUGUCAAGGGGUCGCAGUCUGCCCAAGGAGAGGAAAAGGAUCAGGCCACAUUCCUGGAAGACUUAAUCGCAAGAGGACUCAACUCCCCGCUCUUCUGGCAAGGAUCCCAGAGUUCAGCGCCUUUCAUGUCUGAAGAUGUGACAGCCCAGCAUUUGGAUGAGAUGGACACAGAGGAUUCCCACAUUCUCAUGCUAUCUAUGGGGACUGCUUUGCAGGAAAAACGAUACGUGAUCAGUGUUUGUGCAGAUGCUGAGAUGGAGCUCAUGCCGUUGUCCACAGAAGGUUGGCAGAGGCGUAGUUUUCUCGGCCACUGGCACGGCGAAGUUCCGCGAUCAGCACAGUCUAUGAUCCGACUGCAACAGAGUUUCCCACAGCUCAUCAUCACGAACGCAUCGACGUCCACGGCAAGCGUGUGUUUGGUUCUUUCCUACAGCAAGAAAGAUACCCAGCACAUGAAGAAGCAUUCAUGGCACGAGGAGGACGAUGAGGACAACAUUGAUCCGUCCUGCCCGGAUGAAUCUUACCCCUUGCUUGAUGUGCAGCUCUUUGACAACGGCAGGCAUCCAAUUCACCGCUAUAUGGGUGGUGGUUCAGCCGUGGCCAAGAAUCGCAAAGCAUCCAACGAGUGGGUGGCACUGGGCGCGAAAUUGCCACCAUGCAGCACUCACAAUCUGGUGAUGAGCAGGUGCUGGGCCCAAGCGCAAGAGCAAGUCGCAGACAACAAGGCAUACCAAUCGUUUCGGUUGCUUGUGCUUUCUGACUGCAACGAACUGGAGAUGCAACCAGCGCGUUGCAGUAAUGAGUGGCGUGUGAAGUCGACAACUCUGCAAAGAGUCCAGGAGACAACAGCAACAACAUUGAAUUUGAAGCUCAAAGAGGCUUCAGGCUCUCAGCCGCUGCCUCAGCCUCUUCAUUUGCUUGUCACCACUUGCGCCGAUGAUAAAUCGCCCGCUUACAUGAUGCUGCAAGUCCAUCCAGCCAGUGCCAAAGAAGAGGUCGACCCAGCAGUUUGCCCCAGGAAGGAUGGCAAGCGUGUGUUUCUGUCUCAUAGCGCGCACUACGAGUAUGAGCUCAGCGGAAGCAACGGAAGCGACUGGACAAUCAAGAUCAAUUAUCACCCGCAGUGCAAACCUGGUUUUCUGGUGGGCAUGCAUGUGUUCAGUCUUUGUGAUGUGGACAUACAGUGGCAAAAGCCCUCAGGCAAAGUUGAUGCAACCAGUGAGGCAGAGCGAACUUUUGUAGAUGAGUUUUACACAAAACUCCCUUCUUGGCAUGACCCACAUACAGAGGAAGAUCUGCAGAUUGAGGAUUCGGUCUUCCCACCAGUGCCAACACAACGACCUGAAGACAAGGAGAUGGUCUCAGUAAGUGUGGCUUACUUGCAGCGCCUGCAUCGCCGAGCCUUGCGAGACCAGCGCGGCCAGGAGGAGUAG